AUGACUGAACCUGAUAUUCGUGUGGUUGCAGCUAUUGAUUUUGGUACAACCUAUUCAGGCUAUGCGUAUGCUCAUAAAGCGAACCCUAGUGAAAUCUUUGCUAACACUGAUUGGCAAGAAUAUGAAGGAAGAUUCAAAACCCCAACAGUUUUAAAAUACAAUGAUAAUUGGAAGCUUGAAAGUUGGGGCGCUCCAGCUUUAACUGAAAGACCAAAAAGGAGGGGAAAUAAUAUUAGUAAAAAACCCGUUGAAUUGUUUAAACUUCAUUUAGGAAAUAUGGAAAAUAAACCUUCACUCCCUCCUGGCCUUGAUUAUAAAACCGCAAUUACUGAUUAUUUAAGUGAGAUGACAAAAUCUCUUAAAACAACCUUAGAAACUCGUUGGCCAAUGGUUGACUUUUAUAGUCAAGUUUGCAUUGUCAUUACGAUUCCUGCAGAGUUCGAUGCUACUGCAAUUGCUACAAUGCGUAAUUGUGCGCAAAAGGCUGGCUUGAUUCAACAAAAAGACACUCCUAAUUUAUUGUUUACAACUGAACCUGAGGCAGCAGCUAUACAUUGUAUGAAAGCUUUAAAAGAGCACGAUUUGGGUGUAGGAGAUUCGUUUAUGGUAGUUGAUUGUGGUGGAGGUACUGUUGAUUUAACAACUAGAAAACUUUUAGCCGGUAAUAAAUUAAGCGAAAUAACUGAACGCGAAGGUGACUAUUGUGGUGGAA